CAAAGAGGUGCACGCUCUGAAGAGGCUGAGGGACUCGGCCAACGCCAACGAUGUAGAAACAGGGCCUGCGUGGGGCCAAUGCUGCCGCUUGCUCACCUCCCUCCCUCCCCCUUGGUGCUGUCAGUGCAGCAGCUGCUGGACGAUGGCGUGGACCCCAGUGCAGCAGACGACAAGGGCCGCACCGCGCUCCACUUUGCCUCCUGCAAUGGCAAUGACCAGAUCGUGCAGCUGCUCCUGGACCACGGGGCUGACCCCAACCAGCGUGACGGGCUGGGGAACACACCGCUGCACCUGGCGGCCUGCACCAACCAUGUCCCUGUCAUCACCACACUGCUGCGAGGAGGGGCCCGCGUGGAUGCCCUGGACCGCGCAGGCCGCACACCCCUGCACCUGGCCAAGUCCAAGCUGAACAUCCUGCAGGAGGGCCACUCCCAGUGCCUGGAGGCUGUGCGGCUGGAGGUGAAGCAGAUCAUCCACAUGCUGCGGGAGUACCUGGAGCGCCUGGGGCGACACGAGCAGCGUGAGCGCCUGGACGACCUCUGUACCCGCCUCCAGAUGACCAGCACCAAGGAGCAGGUGGAUGAAGUGACCGACCUCCUGGCCAGUUUCACCUCCCUCAGUUUGCAGAUGCAGAACAUGGAGAAGAGGUAGCGAGAAAGUCUCCCUGCCUUCCUGCUUGGCCGCCACCCUCUGCUCCUCAUCACUAAAGGAAAAGCCCAGGGGCCAGGACUUUGGUGGACACUUCCCUCGGAUGUACUCUCCGUGACCCUGGAGUCGCUCCCAGUCACCGCCUGUCAUCUCUGUGGGCCGGAGUGAGCAGGCCAGCCUCUGCAGCUGCACUUCACUGGCCCAUGCAGUGGCCCAGUGGCCCCCACUCAUCCAUGGCCUCCCUCACAGGCUACAGACCUCUUCUAUGUUGCUCCUGGCCAUGAGCUGGUUUAGGAAGGGAGCACUGGUCUCUGGCCUGGCCCGCACCUCUCACCAGCACGUAGAUUCAGGCUCAGGCUCGUCGCCUGACUUUCACGGUGACACUUCAGGAAAUUUUUAAGGGGAGCCUUGGAGACACUCAGACCUUGCCAAGGUUAGGAAGGACCCUGCUGAGCCUGAGACAGGAAGUCCCUUGCCCUUUCCUCCCAGCUGCAGAAGCACCAGGAGGGUGGAGCUAUCUUGCAGCUUUCAGUGUCAUAGGCUGAGAGCUGCCUGUGGGUGCCUGGGUCCUCAUCCCAGGAACCUGUAACCCUUAUCUGACAAAGAGGCUCCUGGAUAUAACCAAGGAUCCUGAGGCAGAUGAUCCUGAAGUACCUAGAUGGGCUGGAUGUAAUUGCAGUGGGUGGGAGAGAAAGUAGGAGAUACGCAGAUAGAAACAGGAAGUUGAAGAAAGGGUCUGGAAUGCAGGCCACCCACCUCCAGAAACCAGAGGCAAGGAAAUUGCUUCUCCUCUUGAAACUUCCAGGAGGCCCUGGCGCUGACACCUACCUAGCCUUGAGUUCAGUGAGACAUAUUUCAGCGCCAAGCCUCCAGAACUGUCAGAGAAUAAAUCCGUGUCAUUUUGAGCCUCUCUGAUUUGCUGCGGUAGCAGUGGGGAACUAAUAAGGCUCAGGCUCACUGCAGAGAAGAUUUCAGUCCUUUUAGAAGCCCCAUCCCUUGGCAGGGCUGUCUGGCCUGCCCCUCCUAGGACGCUGUGACCACAGACUUCAGGGGCUCACUCAUUGUCCCUUGUAUGGCUCUUCCCCAUUCCCUCCCAAGUCUGGAAGUCCUAGCUUGUUUCAGAGGAGAGCUUGUCCCCAGGUCCCUUGGUAUAGGAUGCCAACCCAGCAGGGCGUGGUGGUCACCUGUAAUCCCAGCACUGAGGA